AUGGCGGCUUACUAUGGGACGCGUGCGCUGGCUGGUGCGGCGAUGAUGGCAGCGUCUGUGAAGAUGGCGAGGAGCGAGCACAGCGGUCCUGCUCCUGCUCCUCCUUCUCAGCAGACCAUCCCCGGCUCUGUGGAGCUUCACUGCAGCCCUUUGAGCCCGAGCUGCUCCACUGUGACGGCAUUCUUCCGCAAGCUCAAGGUAGACUGCAAGGUUGUGGACAUCAGCCCCUUGAAAGGUUACGAGAUCAAGAAAGCAGUCGUGGACGGUCAAGAAGUGAGCAACAUCAAGCAGCUGGUGAGGGACAUGCAUCAUGCGAGGGCCUCUAGCCAUCCGUUUCCUCCCCUUGAGCGAGCAGAGGAGGAUCAAUGGUGCGAAUGGGCAGAGAAAGUCCUGCACCCCAACGUCGAAAUCAACCUUUUCCGGUCUCCUGCCGACUCGAAGCAGUCCAUGGAGUCCGUGAUCGAGAGGAUGGGGGUGACGGGCAUGAACAGCACCCUCUUGCGCAACGUCGGCUCCCUCUACUUGUACAUGACUGCCAAGUUCACCAAGAGGAAGAUAAUCCAGAAGGCGAAGGGGGAGGAGAGCGUGUCUCUUAACGACAAGAGCGCCCUGAGAAUCGCUCUCAACUCGUUCCUGGAGCAAUGGAUGUCAGCUGUGGGGAACAGGGAAAUGAUGGGAGGAGCGGAGCCGAAUCUUGCCGACCUCGCCGUGUUUGGUGUGCUGAGGAGCGUCGAGGGUUCGGAGACGUUCAGAGAGGUGCUAGAGCAGACGAGAGUCUCGUCUUGGUACCACAGGGUUGCAGCGGCCACCAACAUGGACAAGUGA